AUGUCUGACAUAAAGCAUUUGUCCCAAAAACGAUAUUGGGGAGGCAUUCUUGCUCUUGGGGGCGUUGUGUUUAUAUGGGUGUCAUCAUCAUUUGCCAUGAAUAGCUUAUUUGGUGAAAUGAAUUACAAUAAGCCCUUUCUUGUCACCUAUCUCAAUACGGCUACAUUUUCUUUCUAUCUUGUGCCAUUGUUGUUCAAGCGACUUAGACAACCUAAACAGCACAACUCUAUCGAUGAGUCCACAAAGUUAUUAUCACAUCAUCAUAAAAAUAAUAACGGAAUCAAGUCUGCUGGUUACAAUACAGCCACAGUGUCCGAGUCAACUGAUGAUAAGCAGAACCACAAGUUAUCAACGUAUGAUACAAUCAAACUCAGUCUAGAAUUUUGUAUUCUUUGGUUCUUUGCUAAUUACACCACCAAUUCCAGUCUUGCCUUUACUACUGUAGGCAGCAGUACCAUUUUGGCCUCCAUGUCAGGUUUGUUUACCUUGGGCAUCGGUGCUCUUUUUAAAGUGGAACAGAUGAACAUGAUUAAACUCUUUGCCGUCUUGAUUUGCCUUGUGGGUGUGUCUCUCGUCUCUUAUGCUGACAACUCACAUGGUGAACUUGCUCAUGAUCCAAUCGUUCAUGUCUUGUAUCGUUAUCCAGUACCUGCACCUUUGAUUGGUGAUUUCUUAGCUUUGUUAGGUGCUAUAUUUUACGGAUGUUAUACAACACUUUUGAAAUUGAGAAUUGGAAGUGAAGAUCGUAUUGAUAUGCCGUUGUUUUUCGGUUUUGUUGGUGCUUUUAAUGUCUUGUUGUUAUGGCCAAUGAUACCCAUUCUCAAUUAUAUUGGUUUCGAGACAUUUGAAAUACCUAUGAAUGCUACCUUAUGGACUGUCAUUUUAUUGAAUGCUUUUGUAGGCACCUUUCUAUCGGAUUAUUUAUGGUUGUUAUCGAUGCUAAUGACUUCUCCAUUGGUGGUUACUUUGGGUAUUUCUUUAACUAUUCCACUUGCUUUAAUUGGCGAUAUCUGCUUCAAGGGAUUCAUACCUGGUUUCAAAUAUACUCUUGGUGCUUUGCUUGUCAUCAUUGGGUUCUUGGCAGUAAACACAAAUGCAAUGAAAGAAGCCAAAGAAAAGACCCAAAAUGAACUUUUACAAGAACAAGCUUGA